CUACUUAUCCGGCCAAUCGCCGCUUGCGCUUUUGGCGCGUCAUCAAAAGAAAAAUGGCGGCGCGCAUAAGCAGAGCCAUCAAACGACUUGUUCCGAGGGAGGACGGUUGGCUCCUGCCCACAGCCUGGCAGUCAUAUCCCGUAGCAUGGCGUCAUCACCAUCACUCUGCAGGCCCCUCGCCGCGCUACGUACCCCGCAGGGCGGUUCUCUACUGCCCCGGCAAUGACGAGCGAAAAUUGAGGAAGCUGGCCUCGUUGGAUGUCGACUGUGUCGUCUUGGACUGCGAGGACGGCGUAGCCCUCAGCAAAAAGACAGAGGCCAGAGAGACCAUUCCCAGGAUGUUGGUAGAACUGGAUCUGGGCCGGACGGAGAAAUGCGUGAGGGUGAACUCGGUGUCCAGUGGUUUAGCCGAAGCCGACCUGCAGGUCAUCCUGCAGGCUGAGGUUCUGCCUCCCGCCAUCAUGUUACCAAAAGUGGAAGACACGCAGGAGGUGCAAUGGUUUGUUGACAGGUUUCAGCGCAACUUGAAAGGACGGGCACUGACAGAACCCAUUCGCCUGGUCACCUUUGUGGAAACCGCUGUGGGCCUGCUCAAUUUUAAGGCGGUGUGUGAGGAAAUCCGCCGGCUCGCUCCCGGGGCUGGUCUCCAGCAUGACGGCGUGGUGUUCGGCUCCGACGACUUCUGCGCCAGCAUAGGUGCAACACGGACUAAGGAUGCCAAGGAGCUCCUUUACGCCAGGCAGAAGGUGGUCGUGACCACCAAAGCAUUUGGGCUACAGGCUAUCGACCUGGUCUACAUAGACUACAAAGAUGUGGAGGGGCUGAGGCAGCAGGCCAGAGAGGGAGCACUCAUGGGCUUCACAGGUAAGCAGGUGAUCCACCCGGGGCAGAUCCAGGCUGUACAGGAAGAGUUCUCCCCCAGUCAGGAGAGGGUCCAGUGGGCCAAAGAGCUCAUUGCUGCUUUUGACCAACAUCAAAAGGAGGGCAAGGGUGCGUUCACCUUCCGCGGCAGCAUGAUUGACAUGCCCUCGCUGAAGCAGGCGCAGAACAUCGUAACGCUCUCUGCCGCGGUGCCGGAGAAAUGACACGAAUUGGGGGACGGAACCCGGAGGAACCAACACCGACUAAACCCCGAUCGCAGAGGUCAAAGGGACUGGAAAUGGUUUGCGGGGUCGCAUGACAACAAAAGUUUUAAUUUCAGUUUUCAAAUAAUUUGUUUAAAUAUUUCUUUAAAGUUUGUUUCUGUGUUAUGGCAGUUGCAGUUGAAAGUUUUACUUCUUCUGCUGAGGUUCAAUUUGCAAUCAUGACUCCACCCUGAGAUUUAUCCUCCAAUUCAAACUCUGCACAACAACAAACCUUUGGAAUCCAGAGUGUCGAAGAUUGUCGCCCUGCGAAGGCACAUUCUUGGCAGUGUGUGUCAUCAUGACACUCUCCAGUGUGUGUGAGUGUGUGUGUGUGUGUGUGUGUGUGCCCGUGCCUCCCAUCUCUUCCCAGUCAUGAUGAAUGCUCUUGCAUCUCCACGGUCCAGGCAGCUGGGCGAAAGGGUAAACAAACACAACAAGCCACUGUUGUCGAUCUAUUCAUCGGGUCCCGGUCUUCCAGUCAGGGCCUCAGCCCCCUGCCCAGGGCCUAACUCACAAACAUCAAAAGUCCUGCUCGCUGAGAAAAAAAAAGAAGAAGAAAAAAGAGCCGCUGAUGGAAGUGUGUUAACUCACGAUUUAGCUUUCCUUUUUUUUUGUGUGUGACACGCAGCUCGCUCUGUGGAAGCUGCGAGCCUGUGGUCUUGAUGGAGAAGGCGUGCGGCGUCAGACACACCAUGACCUGCGCGGAAAAUAAACACCGCAUACAUACGCACGCUGCGACAGUUUUCUUUGCCCCAGUCUCUUAUUUAACACAAAAGUUAAACUGGGAUUUUCAGCUACGUGAGUUCACCUGCUUUGAUCCUUUUUAUCAGCCACGAUAAUGAAGAAGAAGAAAAAACCACGACCUCCCGAACGAGAUUCAGCAAACUAUAGUUUGUUGUGCGGACGUGAAUAUACAAGUGCGACAAACGUGGCUCUGUGGGGCACUUGUGCACGUCUGACUUCCAGAGACAGUGAAGUGGGUGUGAUGUCGGAGGGAGACAGAUUAGUGGCCAUGUUGCUCCAGCAGACCAGGACCGGGGGCUUUGUCUCUCUGACUGUGGAUGGGAGGAUAAUUGGGGGGGUGUUGAAUGGUUAAUAGUGCCAUUGGUGACCAUGGUAAUGAAAGGCACCUACCUCCCCUUACCCACCUCAUCCACUCUUCUCUCCCUCUCUCUCCCUCUCCCCUACUGUAUGAUCCAUUGUGUCUGGGGCAGGACUGUGAUCUGUGCCAGGCCAGGCCAGACAAAAAAAAAGAAAAGAAAGAAAGAUCGAAACCACUCCUGCACCAUGCUCAAAGACCAGAGCAGUAAGCUUUCUCUUUGGCAUUUGGCCACAUAUUUCUCCCACCGAUGGCUUCACCUUUUUAUUUCCUUUUUUUCUGUCACGAUUUCACCAUUCAACCUUUUUGUUUUGUUUUCCGGUUUUCACCAAAUCUCCUCGUACACCCUGAAGGUUGGUGGACAACACUGCUGUCAUGUGUGCGCCGUUAUUUUGGGUGGAGCCAUUUUGUGAAGCACUGCAGAGUAGACGUAGGACAUGCCACAUUCUGAAAACUUGGAGGACUUGAAUGGUAAAAUAUUUAAAAAAAAGAUGUUUCAUACGUUUUUCUUUCGCCCGAUUGUGAGUAGUCUGUACAGAUUGUUUAAAUCAUAAUAUAUAAAUUCAAAAUAUAUCCUGUUUUACUGUUGCUUUUGUGAUUAAAUGAAGCUGUGAGGAUUUUGAUUAAACUCAUGUGACAUUUUU